UUUGAAAUGAUAUCAAAUGAACGUUUAAAAACUUUAACGGUGAAUUGUCACUUCCAAGGCGACGCUCGUCAACAAGAGAGCAGUUACGUAUUUUUCGACCUGCUGGGAACAGUGGUCAAAUCUUCCUCAUAUCACCUCCUACUGUCUUUUAAAAGAGGCAAGUUGGAUGACGUACUUCUGGAUAUACAAAAUACUGGACAGUUACAGCUGGAGUAGCCGGAAUAGGUCUGAUAUGGAGCUAAACAACAUCAUUCACCGGUAGGAACCAAAAACAAACACACACAAACUGAUAUUGCAACCGGCUGCAACACGCUCUAUCACAAAGGGAGAGCACUCUAUUAUCAUACUUCACCAUGGACGGAGAGAAGAAGAAAGUACUGUUCGUUUGCUUAGGUAAUAUUUGCCGUUCACCAAUGGCACAUGCCAUUUUCGAGCAUCUUCUGAAAGAAAAGAAUCAACAUAACAUGUGGGAAGUUGAUAGUGCAGCCAUUGGAGAUUGGCACAUUGGAAAACAGCCCGAUGAAAGAGCCUUGAAAGUUUUGAAAGAAAACGGCAUAAAUUUUAGACAUACUGUAAGACAAAUUACUAAAAGUGAUUUCAAAACAUAUGACCAUAUUUUUGGAAUGGAUGAACAAAAUAUGCAAGAUCUGUCUAUGGUUUGUGGCAGCAACAAACAGAAAGCAAAAGUUGAACUUUUAGGAAAAUGGGAUCCACAGAAAGUCCUCAUUAUUCCAGAUCCAUAUUUUGAUACACAAGCUGAGUUUUACCCUGUAUAUGACCAGUGUUAUCGUUGCUGUAAAGCAUUUUUAGAAUCUUUUAAUUAACUCUAACGAAACUGUCUGGACUCUUCAAGGACUUUGCUAAGAAUCAUGCAAGCUUUAAAUUUCUUACAAAUCUGGACAAACGAGCUCUAAAUUUCUUAUAAUUAUGGACAAAAUAUCUUUAAAUAUCUUUUGAGUGAUUAUUGAAAAAACUUAAUGAAUUAAUUCUAAAAAUGUUAAAAUCUUUAAAACAAUAAUAAAGUCUCUAUAACUUUU